UGAUUGGUGGAACGCCAUUGUUUUUGAGCUGGAGGCGAGUGAGGUUCGACUUACUUGAGCACAUUACUAGAAAAAGUGUUUGAUAACUAUUAACCGGUAGUAUAAGUAUCAACCUAAUACAUUGUAACAUUUCCCUUGCAUGUAGUCGGCCUCGUAAACCAGAACUGCCGGAGACAUGGGCGAGCCACACAACUUUGCGACCCCACAAGAGGAGCUGGGCUUCUGGCAGGAGCAGGCUAAUAGGCAUCAGCAGAGGGCAGAUGAAGCUCAGGAGGAACUGCAGGAGUUUCAGCAGAUGAGUCGAGACUAUGAAGCAGAGCUGGAAACUGAGCUGAAGCACUGUGAAGCUCGAAACAAGGAACUGCUACAAGACAACAACAGACUCCGUACGGAACUGGAUAACAUCAAGGAGAAGUUUGAGAGUCAGUACGCUGACAAUUUUAAGCACAUCUCCAACCUGGAGGAAAGUCUGGCAGAAACAACAGCAGUCAAAGAUCACCUGCAGAAAUAUAUCCGAGAACUAGAGCAGUCCAAUGAUGACCUUGAACGGACCAAAAGGGCUACCAUCAUGUCUCUGGAGGACUUUGAGCAGAGAAUGAAUCACGUUAUUGAGAGGAAUGCUUUUCUCGAGAGCGAGCUGGAUGAGAAGGAGAACCUGCUUGAAUCUGUUCAGAGGCUCAAAGACGAAGCCAGAGAUCUUCGCCAGGAGCUAGCAGUGCGUCAGAAAGAAAGGCGACCAUCCAGCAGUUUGGGCAAAGAUUCCGAUCGACCAGACCUGCCUUGCCCCUCCGCUAAUAAUCUCCAGACCCCCGUUACCCCGUCUAAGCCACCCAGCUCGUUUGCCACACCUCCUGCAGCUAGCAUUCGACGAGGUGAUGGUCUAGUAGGUACCCCUCUCACGACGUCAGCAAGAAUAUCUGCACUGAACAUUGUUGGGGAGCUGCUGAGAAAAGUUGGGAAUCUGGAGUCCAAGCUGGCGUCAUGUCGAGACUUUGUGUACGACACAUCAGGCACCCGACCGGCGCUGCCACCCGCCACUGCUAGUCAAUGUGGUCUGGACGGGGGGGCUGACAUCCAAGCCAGCAGCAUGAGUCCACCACCACAGUAUGACAGUUUAGUGAAGCGGUUAGAGUUUGGACCAGCACCUCCGCGGGGAGUCACUCAAGGUGCACAGUCUCCCCAAGGAGGAGUCAAGAUGCUGCUGUGAGGAACCUGCUCCUCUUGCCAGCUCCUUCUAUAAGAACUGAACUUUGAACAUUAAGCUUGAACCUCAAAACAGCUUUCCUUGCUCUACAUGCUGUGUGGAAUUCUGCUGACUCUGACUCACUUGUAUCAUCAUAUCAUGAGAUGUGAUGCACCGUUAAGUAUGCGGAACGUCCACGCUCACUCAUGUCUGUGAUGAGGAGUUUCAUAAGAACACUGUACUGACUUGCUGCUUGGGUGUGAGGGACCACUCGCGUGUAACAAAAAUUGCAGACAUGGAAGUGACCCUAAUUUCAGGACCGUUUAUUUCAAAAACAGCAACCUGGUUUAAGUACAACGCAAAGCUGUGAUGAGGGAAAUGCAUGUUUGUUUUUAACAAUGUUUGUUUCUUAUUGUUUAAAGCUGAAACUUUAGGUUUAGCAACAGCUGCAAACAGCUGGCGCUUGUUUCUGGGGCUAAUGUUGAAAUAUCUCGCUGUCAGGGUUUGGUUUUAAGCCAGUGCUGCCUUCCUCCACAUAGGCUCCUUUUAUUGGUUUUAAGUGACUUUAUUUUUUUAAUUAGCACAUUCACUCUACUGAACGUAACAUGAUAGUUUUCUUUAUAACUGUGGACUCUUACGGCGGGGAGGAGGGGAAAAAGCAAUAACAGAUCAGAUUUUUGAGAUUUGUAAUUACAGUUGCGUAUAUUCGACUUGAUAUGAGACUGCUUUUUGCGGUUGGAUUGUGAUGUGGGAAUUGGAGUCAAUAAAGAUGAAGUGUUGCACUUUU